AUGGAUGGAAUGAUAAAGAACAGUGCAAGAAUUGAUCUUGAAGACAGCGAUAGCCAUAACUACACCCAUGAGUCUGAUACAUCUACGGAGGAUGGAGGAAAUGAUUACGGAUAUGGAAGCGAGGGAAUGGCCGAGGCGUCGAGCUCUUUUGAGAGACUGAAGAACAGUGCGGCAGGCACAUUACAGCAGAGGUCUGGGUGGAUUUUCUUAGGAGGUGUUGCUUUACUGCUUAUUGGAUUUUGCACAUGGACGAUUGAAGUGAGCAUGAAGGACAGGCUGGACAGAGUGUUUAUGAUGAGCCUGAGUAACUUUUUUUUUGUAUGUUCUGGAGGUGUUUUUCUGUUUAUUGCAUUGAACUUUUUGAUAUUCAAGAUAAGCUUUGCAGGGCUGAAACAAUCGAAUAGUCUGAAUACGUUCUUUUAUUACACAAAUGAGGUUUCUGAGCAUAUUUCAGCAGGCAUUAUUUUUAUCACUGGGAUUGCAGUGGUGUUUCUGAGGGACAAGGAUUACUGUAUGAACAACACACAGGGACUUGAUCUGUUCUUUGGUGACCUGUUUAACUGUUUUCUUGUUGCUACGGUGAUGCUUGGGGGAGUAAGGAUAUUCCACAGGGCAAUAUCGAUGAACUUCAAUUAUUCGGUGUAUAUAAGAAGGAUACGACGGGUAUUGCUUGAGGAUGCAUUCAUAAGUCUGCUUGCAGGCAUGGAUGGCAAGCAUCAAAGGCCAAAUAAGCCCAGAGUUGGUGUAUCUGAAGAGAUGGCACACAAAAGCGAUGCGAUUAGCUCUAUAAAUGAGUAUCUUGAGGAUCUUUAUGAAUGCAACGAGCAUGCGGAUGAUCUUGGACUCCCUAGAAAAAGGGUGAUUCUGAAAGAGUUCCAAAGGCUGAUGCGUCGAUCGAGUGUUAUACGAGGAAAUAUGAUGCAGGUAUCACAAAGGCUGAGAAGCAGAGCAAACAGCAAGGCAAGCAGAAUGCUUGGCAGGGAUGGAAGGCUUGGGCCGAUGUCUGAGCUAUCGCUGUAUUUCCAGAAGCCUGAGAUAUUCAGGUUUUUAAUGAAGGAGAUAGGAGUUGAUGAGGAGUACAGAUUCAGCAGGGGAAGUCUUACAGAGUUUAUUGAGAAGAGCUAUAAAGAAAGACACAUUCUGAGAGAGAACCUUGAGCACAUGAACUCGGCAGUCGACAAGGUUUCGUUUGCAUUCAAAUUGAUGAUAGGCGUGCUUUUGGCGACUAUGCUUUAUAUCAAGGCAGGAGGAGAGGGAAUAACAACGAUUGGAGUGAUAUCUGCAUUUUUUGGAACACAGUUUAUUUCGAACUCUUUUUCAUCGAGCGUGAUAAGCAGCAUUAUUUUUCUGUUUUUCAUUCAUCCGUAUGACAUUGGAGAUCGAGUGUUUGUGACGAUGGAUAAUGUUGAGGAGAAUCUUGUGGUGUCUGAGCUGAAUGUGUUUUCAACAGUGUUCUACAGGUGGGAUGGAACGUAUAUAACGAUACUGAACACGGUUUUGGCUCAGAAAGCGAUUCGGAAUCUACGGAGGAGUGGGAUCAUGGCCGAGUCUCACAAGAUCCAGAUCAACAGUAGAACGAAUCAGAAGAAGCUUGUAAGGCUGAAAGAGCUUAUAGAUGACUUUGUGAAGAGCCAUCCAGAGGAUUAUACAGAGUAUACGAUGUUGAAUCAUGAGUGUAUUGAGGACUCUUCAAAACUUCAUAUGAAGGUAUAUAUGCAGUAUAGAAGUAGUUGGCAGAACUUUGAGCUGUAUCUAAAGCGAAAGACAAGAUUUCUGUCGUUUCUGAAUAGGGCGAUGCAAGGGCUUGAAAUUGAAUACAUGCUUCCUACAAGGACAAUUUGCCUGAAGAAUACAGGACAAUAG